UGACUCACUCUCAAACACAUCACUCCGGCUAUACGUACAAAACGGCUGUAUCUAUAGAUCGGUGAGCUCGACUGUAACUGAACAAAAUUCUUGAAUUUUCCAAAUCUUUUUUCCAUCACAUUUUUCCCCGUUAAACCCAAUUAACACGCCUCUUAAUUCUGUAUCAGUAAAGGAUCACAUGAAAUAAUCUUCAUUUAAGGUUUUUAUGGGCUUUACUCAGAGAGAGAGAGUGAGGAGAAUUCAUUGCCACAUUUAAGCUAGGAAUUAAAUCACCUAAUUCACUUUGAUUUUCCUAUUUAUCUCUGUUUUGUGUUUUUCAUUUCCAUUCAAUUGUGAGGCAUAGGGUAGCUACGAAGUGGUGAAUUUGGCAUGCCUAUAGAUAAAAUAUAUUGUGUGGAAUUCAAGCUGUGAAAAAUGCAGGUGGUUUGUUUAUUUUAGGUAAUUUGGUUUAAAGAUGGGAUUUUUUCAUCAUUUUCUAUCAGUUUGAUUGCUCUAAAAAGAAGUUUUUUUUAUAUAGAUUUUGGGGUUUGAAGAAACAAGAAUUGGGAAAGGAGUAUGAAAAUGCAUGUGGUUUAUUUAUUUUAGGAAAUUUGAGAAUAUAUGGAUGAAAUAGGCUGUUGAAGAAAAGAAAAUGGGAAAGGAGAGUCAAAAUGCAGGUGGUUUAUUUAUUUUAGGAAAUUGGUUUUAAAGAUGGAUUGAUUUUUCCAUUUUAGAUCAGAGUGAUUGUCAUAAAAAGAAAGGUUGUUUAGAUUUUUUGGGCAAAUAUGGAUCACAAAAUAGCAUAAGGCUGCUGAAGAAACAAGAAUUGGAGGAGUAUGAAUCUGGAGUUUGGGAUGCAGCAGAGUGAUGAAGGAGUCGAAAAUUGGGAGGAUUUGCUCGGGCUCUACACCGAUGUUUUGCAGGACGGAUGGGGCCAGGGGGAGAGUAUUGGGCCAGCUGGUGCCAUAGGGCUGCAGAAUGGUUGCGGUGUGGUUUUUGCUGAGACGGGGAAUGAGACGCGUGGUGGCUCGACUGGGCUAUCCGGGGCAGAUCAGUGGAGCCGUGGCGCUGAUGAUGUUGGAAAUGUGGUUCUUCCUCUAAAGGUUGAGUCUUUGGAAGAAUUAUUGGGUAAGGUUGUGGAAAACCAGGAUAUUGGUGGUGACAAUCUGCAGCAAAUGCAAAGUAGACUUUUGGUGGAUAAAAGACCAAGCGACGGCUUAAGCUUACCGCGAAGUUCAGAAGACAUUGACUCCUUGAGUGUGAGUCGGCCUUUCCAUCUCGGACCAGCAACACCGGAUCACCAUAGCCUACUGAAGAACAGCCAGAACAGCCAGCCGCCUCAUCUGUCAACAGAAGAAAACAGUAAGAAGUUUAUGCUGCCCCAACAAGCUGAAACUGGAGAGAGAGAGCACGGCGAUUUCGUCUCCGAUGCCCUGAGUUCAGCGUCUCCUGACGCUUCAACGACAGAGGAGAAGCGAAAUCCAGUUGGUGGAAACAACGGAGAGGUUUGUAAUGAAACACCACCUCAGAAGACACCAAAGAGGAGAAAGCACCGGCCGAAGGUAGUGAGGGCAGAGAAACCUAAACGAACUCCAAAGCCCGUGGCAAAAGAAAACAAGACCCCCGGUGGAGAUCCUCCCACCAAAAGGAAGUACGUGCGCAAGAAAGACAUUAAAGGCUCGACGAAUCAGGGGAAAUCGUGUAAGAGAUCGUUAAAUUUUGACUUGGGGGACGAAGUGGGAAAGAAAUCUAAAUGCAAAGAGUUUGACCACAACGAUGAUAGUAAUACGAGGAGUGAGGCUGUGCAUCAAAACAUUAGCAGAGAGCAGACACAAAUGUUUGCUCCGUUUGUAGGAAAAAUCCCGCCUCAAGAGUCACAGGCGUUCGUAGCCACUGUCCCAACAGCCUCAUUGAAAGGACGCACUCUUAAUGCCAUUGCAAGGAGUUUGAAUGCGCGAAGUACUAAUUCGGGUGCACAGGGGCAGGUAUACAGACAUUCAAGUGGCGGCUUUAGUCAGCUUCUUAUUCUAGCAAACACCCGACAGCAAAACAUGGAUGGACUGAGGCAUCCGGGACUUCAAAAUACGCCUCAACUUCUGUGGGAACUGGUAAGUAAUAGGGAGGAAAAACAAACCGAAAGAGCAUAUUCCUACACUGCGCCAACACAGCCCCGGAUUGUCUGUUCCCGUGGAAGCCACUUUAACCAACAAAGCAUGACACUGUGGCAAGAUUUUGCAGAGAUGAAUGGGCUCAGAAUGCCUUCUGCUGAAAAUUUCUCCGAACAAACUGUAAGCCCGAGUAGGAGCAUUCACGGCCAGACAUACAGACCACGCAUGAAUGUUGGAUUGCCAUAUUUUGGCAUUGAAGAAAUAACCAAACUGAUGAAUCCAACGUACGGAAACAACAAGGCCACCCACCAUUGGCGCGUAGAUUCAAUCAGUUCUGGACUCCGGUUUCAGAAGCAAAUGGAAGGACAAACCAAUAGUCAUAUGUUGUCCACUUUUAGCAGAGGCCCUAAAGUUGUAAAACGAAAGGAGAUAGCGCAUGCGUCUGCUGGCGUGUCAGCAAAGAGGCGUUACAUCAGAAGGACGCCACCAAAGAAAAUGUUGCGUACAGAUAGAGUAGUACAGCAGGAGACGAAUGUCCCGGGCGCACGCGAACAUAAGAGAAUCAUAUUGGCAGUUGAUGAUAUAACAGAAGGCAUGAAGAGGCUACAGAUCAGUAAGGGGAAGGAAAAUGCUCUCGUUCCAUACGCAGGAGAUGGUGCUGUGGUUCCAUAUGAGGCGGUCAAGAAACGGAGGCCACGUCCCAAAGUGAACCUUGAUCAAGAGACGAAUAGGCUAUGGAACCUGUUAAUGGGCAGUGAAGGAAGUGAGAAUGCAGACAACAUGGACGAGGAUAAACAGAAGAAAUGGGAUGAAGAACGAAGAGUCUUCCGGGGUCGAGUGGAUUCAUUUAUAGCCCGGAUGCAUCUUGUUCAAGGCGAUAGACGAUUCUCCAAAUGGAAAGGUUCAGUCGUUGACUCGAUAAUUGGAGUAUAUCUCACUCAAAAUGUCUCGGAUCAUCUUUCAAGUUCGGCUUUCAUGUCUCUUGCAGCCAAGUUUCCUGUCAAGUUGACAAAUACUAGAGAUACAUCGUGCCAAAACGCGGAAAAAACAUCUGCUGAAUAUGUGGUCCGCGUAACUCAUCCUGAUGGAACGACUUGUCAUCAGCGAAUGACAAGGGAGCCAGUUUAUGACCACAAAUCGUCUGAACACGGUUCAGAAGAAGUUCCUUCGGGCAACGGGGCCAGAAUAACAGAGGAAUGUAAAGUUUCAUCACAAACUUCUUCAGGCUCCGUGAGUUUCCAAGCCUCUGAGGAUAUCAGAUCAAGCUCGGGAUCAAAUUCUGAAGCUGAGGACCAAGCAACCGGGAGCAAUUCGCAUCGACCUUUGUACCUGUUCGAAGAGGCUGGAGGAAUAGCAGAACUCCAGAAAAAUCAGAUUCCAGAAAUGGGAGAUUCGUAUCCGGACAAAAUUCUCCCGAACGAUCAUCGGGAAUAUGAAAAGGAAUGCACCUCUUCCUUAAGUUCUACACUUUAUGAUACGACACACGGAUCAGUCGUAGAAGAGUUGCACAAUAAAUCAGCCGAAGCACUCGGGCAAAACCCCAUAGGUAAUCGAAAACUCUAUGCAGAUAGCACACUUGACCGAACUGAGACGAAGACAGUCCACGCUUCUGAUGAACAAUCAACAAAUGCAACUGCAAGAAAGCAGAAAGGCGAGAAGGAGAAGGAAAAGCCAAUUGAUUGGGAUUCGUUAAGAAAGCACGUGCAAUCAACGGCCUGCAAGGGAGGGAGAAGCAGGGACACAAUGGACACUCUGGACUACGAGGCCUUACAAAAAGCUGAUGUCCGUGAGAUCUCUAGCACUAUAAAGGAAAGGGGAAUGAAUAACAUGCUAGCAGCGCGUAUCAAGGAAUUUCUCGACAGACUAGUUAAAGAUCACGGAAGCAUUGACCUAGAAUGGUUGCGAGACGCUCAGCCAGACAAAGUCAAGGAUUACUUACUGAGUAUACACGGGUUGGGGCUGAAAAGCGUGGAGUGCAUACGCCUCUUAACGCUUCACCAUCUAGCUUUUCCGGUUGACACGAACGUUGGACGAAUUGCUGUCCGGCUUGGUUGGGUCCCACUUCAACCGCUCCCGGAGUCACUACAGUUGCAUCUUCUUGAACUGUACCCGAUGCUGGAGUCGAUUCAGAAGUAUCUUUGGCCUCGACUCUGCAUGCUGGACCAAGAAACCUUGUAUGAGCUACAUUACCAAUUGAUAACAUUCGGGAAGGUUUUCUGCACAAAGAGGCAACCAAAUUGUAACGCAUGCCCGAUGAGAGGAGAAUGCCGACAUUUUGCCAGUGCUUUCGCCAGUGCAAGGCUUGCUCUUCCGGGGCCAGAGGAGAAACUCGUAGUCUGUUCAGACGUUUCAGCGGAUCCCAGUCACAGUUGUGGCAUAGUUGAAAAGCCUAUGUUCUUACCUCCGCCCGAGGAUCACAUGGGGGGUAGUGCAGGGUUCACAACGAUAAACUGUGAACCUAUCAUCGAGGAGCCAGCCUCCCCCGAAUCAUCAAUAGAUUAUACAGAGAGAGACAUUGAGGAUGCAUUUUACGAGGAUGAUCCUGAUGAAAUCCCGGAAAUAAAGCUCAACAUCGAGGAAUUCACGACUAACCUAAAGAGCUUCAUUCAAGGGAAUACAGAAAUGCAAGGAGAUAUGUCCAAAUCCAUUAUUGCACUGAGCCCCCGACUUGCUUCUAUUCCCGCACCCAAACUGAAGCACGUUAGCCGACUGCGGACAGAACAUCAAGUGUAUGAACUCCCGGAUUCACAUCCACUACUAGAAGGGGUUAGUUAUUCCCCAUUUCAACGUGAGACUGCAGACUCGAUUCAGCUUCCGGAAGGUAAAUGUAGCGCUACUGAAAGUGGCAUGUGCGACGACAAAACAUGUUUUUCAUUCAACAGCACGAGAGAAGCACACGCACAAACAGUACGCGGGACUAUUCUGAUACCUUGUAGAACCGCAAUGAGAGGUAGUUUCCCACUCAACGGCACAUAUUUCCAAGUCAACGAGGUUUUCGCUGAUGAUAAAACGAGCAAGGAUCCUAUUCACGUACCAAGAAGUUCGAUAUGGAAUUUACCAAGAAGGACAGUCUUCUUUGGGACCUCGGUCUCAACUAUAUUCAAAGGUAUGUCGACGGAAGGUAUCCAGUACUGCUUUUGGAAAGGAUUCGUGUGUGUUAGAGGGUUCGACCAAAAAACUCGAGCACCACGACCUCUGAAGGCAAGGUUGCAUCUUCGUGCAAGCAAGAUAGCAAGAAAAAUGAGUGAAAGCACAAGAUAAUGUAGAGGAAGCCACCAUUACUCCAAGAUCAAGAUGAUAGAAGAACUGCAGUAGGAUAGCAUUAUACACGACAUUCUUUCACAUUCUUGUUCUGGUUAGUAUCCAGACCACUUACACGUAUGCAGCAGGGAGAAAUUACUAGGAUAGAAUCUGAUAAUUUCAUAGACAGUCAUUUUCCAAGAUGUAGUUUUUCAUCUUUU